UCAUUUUAGUAAAUGUGAUCAUCUACAAAGCAUUGGUGACGUGUAGAGAAAUGAAGAGACAGCUUAAAAAAAAAAAAAAGGGAAAUUCUCAAUGGUAGUCAUAUACUUUUGCUCAUUCUCAAUGGUAACAAAAUAUUUGACAAAUUCUCCAAAUAGCAUUAUUUUUUAAAAGUUUCUCUAACAUAACAAUAUUUUUACAAUUAUUAACUAAUUAACUUAAUUAAACCAAAAUUAAACUAAUAAAUAACAAAAAAAAAAAAUGCUUAAUUAAAAAAAAAAUGCCUUCCCCUUCCCUUUCCUUUCCACUUCCACCUCCAUAUAUAAUCAACCAUGACUGCCGGACUACAUCUGCCCACCUCCUCUUCCUCGUCCUUAUGCCCUCUCAGUCAACCCUGCCUCAACCCCAUCGGCUACACGAAACCCACAAUAUCCCACCCCUCAAAAUAAUGAAAAUCAGGGUUUUAAGCUGAACCAUAUAAUUUCGGGAAUCGGGGUGGGUUUUGAGAUGGACAUUGAGAGGGUUUCGGGGAGAUUAAGGAGGUUAUGGAUGUGUUUCAAAGAGAAUGGUGAGGUGGCUAUGGGUGGGUUUCGCGGAGAACGAAGUUGUUUCGGGUGGGUUUUUGGGAGAACAAGGUGUUUUCGGGAUAGCUAUGCCGGGUAUUUAGGUUUCCGGCGGUGGGCUAGCAGAUGCCGUGGAGGUGGCUGCUUGGCGAAGGGUUUUAGUCCCAUUUUUUAAAAAUAUCUUUUUUUCUUUUAAUUAUUAGGCUAAUUCUUGUUUUUUUAAGCUAAUUACUUGCAAAUUAUACAACUAUUGCCAUGUUAGGGAAUCUUAUAAAAAGUAAUGCUAUUUGGGAGAAUUUGCAAAAUAUUUUGUUACCAUUGAGAAUGAGCAAAAGUACAUAGCUACUAUUGAGAAUUUCCCAAAAAAAAAAAAAAAAACACAGAUUUUAAAAAUAAAAAGUCAGGAAGCCUAAGAACAGAGGCAUAAAUAUAAAAGCCAAAACCUUUUCAAAUUCUGGAUUCAACAACUUUGCAGAAUUGCAACUUUGCUCAUCUUCACUCUUCAGGUUAAGCUGUUAGGAGACCUACUUUAUAAAAAAUGGUGAAAAAUUGGGGCUGGCCAGCAAUUGGAAUUGAUCUGGGGGCUAGAUUCUCACGUGUGGCAGUAUGGCAGCAUGGUAAAGUUGAGAUUAUAGUCAACGAUCAGGGCAACCGGAAAACACCAUCUUAUGUUGCUUUUACUGAUAACCACCACCUUAUUGGUGAUGCUGCCAAGAACCAAAGUACUCAAAACCCUGCAAACACUAUAUUUGAUGCAAAUAAGCUUAUAGGAAGGACAUUUAGUGAUGUAACAGUUCAAUAUGACAUCAAGAGUUGGCCAUUUAAGGUAAUUGCUGGUGCAAAUGAUAAGCCUAAAAUUGUGGUUUCGUUCAAGGGCGAGGAGAAGCAGUUUGCUGCUGAGGAGAUAUGCUCUAUGAUACUAAUAAAGUUGAAGGAGACUGCUGAGGCCUAUCUUGGUGUGAAAGUGAAGUAUGCAGUUAUUACUGUACCAGCUUACUUCGAUGAUUCCCAGAGGCAGGCAACAAAAGAUGCUGGAAUAAUGGCCGGGCUCAAAUUUGUUCAUAUUAUUAAUGAGCCAACAGCAGUCACCUUAGCUUAUGGUUUGCACAAGAAAAUUGCUACUUGCUGUUUGGGUAACAAUGUUCUAGUUUUCAACAUGGGAAGUAGGACCCUAGACGUCUCUUUGCUAACUAUUAAUAAGAAUAUAGUUGAGUUUAGAGCAGUUAAUUGGAACUCCCAACUUGGGGGAGAUGCUUUUGAUAGAAAUAUGGCAAACUACCUUAUCAAAGUGUUUGAAUAUGACAUCAGUGUAAAUGCUGAGCAUUAUGGAAGGCUGGUAGCUUAUUGUGAGUGGGUGAAGAGGACUCUUUCUACACGUGCUAAGGCUGCUAUUGAUCUGUAUUGUGAUGAUCAGUAUCGUCAUUUCUCUUCAAAUCUCACUCGUGCAAGAUUUGAACGUCUCAAUGAAGGUUUAUUCAAAGAGUGUAUGUGCCUUAUUGAGAAGUGUUUGGUAGACGCCAAAAUGGAAAGGAGAGACGUUCAUUAUGUUGUCCUAGAUGGUGGGUCAACCAGGAUCCCAAAGGUGCAGCAGAUGUUGCAAGAGUUUUUCCAUGGAAAGGUUUUCUGCAAUAGCAUCAACACUGAAGAAGUUGUUGCUUAUGGGGCUGCCAUCCAUGCUGCCAUGUUAAGUCGUGUUAUUGAUAACUCUCCUAUUUGUCCUCGUACUGAAAAGGAGCUUCAUCUUGGUGCAGCUGUUGAAGAAAGAUUUUUGAUUCCUUGUAAAAGAACAAGAAGUGCAUUGCAAUCCAGGGUUCAGGAAUCUUCUUCGGCUGCAUUCUUACAGGACAUUGAUUCACUGCUGGAGGACCUGUCCAAGGUAUCCAAGAAAAAAACCAUAUCUUUGUCCUCUGCGAAAACUCGAUUCUUUAAGCUUUUGGAGGAAAUUAGGUGCAAUCCAAAUGACCUUCAAUUAACGAAGAAAAUGUCUCAAUUACUCAAGGACUUUCACCCCUCCCUGCCUAUGAAUUCGCUUACUGUUAUAAAGUCUCUUGAAGAGGAUCUUUUGGCUUCACAGCAUCAAUUCAUGGAAUGGAGUAAAAAGGAAGUUGCCGCUCCUCUGAAACUUGAAGAAGCUGGCACAAUUCAAUCCCAACUUACUAGGAUUAAGACUAACUUAUCACAGAAGACAUCUUCUCGAGAUCAGCUCAGAUUAAAAAUAGCUGAAACAGAAAAGGAAAUAGUCAAGUUAAAGUGUCGCAAAUCUCAAUUUCAAAGAGAUCUCAGCUUGGCUGAUCAAGACCUUGAUAGGCUGACUCGCUCCAUAAGCCCUCAAGUCGAUGUUGCCAGGCAGAAGUCUGCCCAGUUGGUUCAACUUCGAGAGGUCAGCAAUUUUAAGGCUCAGGCUUGGAUUUCAGUAGAGGCUGCACUCGAUAGCAUUGCCAAUUAUCUAAAGAAUUUGUAAGUGCUGCCUUUAUUUUUAGUGUAAAAGUGAUAAUUCCUAGUAGUAAAUUAAUGAGACUAGUUUUGGGAAUGAAUUUUGGUGUAAUUUGGAAAGUAAUAUUACGAGUAUAUUGUUCGUAGGAAUGUCAUCUCAUUCCCAAACUUA